AAAGUAUCUCCCCUAGCCUCUAGGACUGGCCACAGGUUUCCGCUGGUCUCCGGCCGGGGGUCUGGAACUGCGGGCGUCAGUUUCCCACAAGAUGGCGGACGAGGAGGCCGGAGGUGCAGAAAGGAUGGAAGUCAGCACCGAGUUGCCCCAGAACCCUCAGCUACUGGCAUCUUGCUGGGAUCAGCAAGCUGAUUUUUAUACCACUUUCUUGCACCAUUUGGCACGAUUUGUGCCAGAAAUUUAUUUUGCUGAAAUGGACCCAGACUUGGAAAAGCAGGAAGAGAGUAUACAGAUGUCAAUAUUCACCCCACUGGAAUGGUACUUAUUUGGAGAAGAUCCAGAUAUUUGCCUAGAGAAACUGAAGCACAGUGGAGCAUUUCAACUUUGUGGGAAAGUUUUCAAAAGUGGAGAGACAACAUAUUCUUGUAGGGACUGUGCAAUUGAUCCAACAUGUGUGCUCUGUAUGGACUGCUUCCAGAAUAGUGUUCAUAAAAAUCAUCGUUACAAGAUGCAUACUUCUACUGGAGGAGGAUUUUGUGACUGUGGAGACACAGAGGCAUGGAAAACUGGUCCUUUUUGUAUAAAUCACGAACCGGGAAGAGCAAGUGCUAUGAAAGAGAAUUUACGUUGUCCACUGACUGAAGAGGUAAUUGCCCAAGCCAGGAAAAUAUUCCCUUCAGUGAUAAAAUACAUUGUAGAAAUGACUAUCUGGGAAGAGGAAAAAGAGCUACCUCCUGAACUUCAGAUAAGGGAGAAAAGUGAAAAGUAUUAUUGUGUCCUUUUUAAUGAUGAACACCAUUCAUAUGACCACGUCAUAUACAGCCUGCAGAGAGCGCUUGACUGUGAGCUUGCAGAAGCACAGCUGCACACCACUGCUAUAGACAAAGAGGGUCGCCGGGCUGUGAAAGCAGGUGCUUUUGCUGCUUGCCAGGAAGCAAAGGAAGAUAUAAAGAGUCACUCAGAAAAUGUCUCUCAACAUCCACUUCAUGUAGAAGUAUUAAACUCUGAAGUUAUGGCUCAUCAGAAAUUUGCUUUACGUCUUGGUUCCUGGAUGAACAAAAUUAUGAGUUACUCAAGUGACUUUAGACAGAUCUUUUGCCAAGCAUGCCUUAGGGAAGAACCAGGCUCUGAGAAUCCCUGUCUCAUAAGCAGGUUAAUGCUUUGGGAUGCAAAACUUUAUAAAGGUGCCCGUAAGAUUCUUCAUGAAUUGAUCUUCAGCAGUUUUUUUAUGGAGAUGGAAUACAAAAAAUUCUUUGCUAUGGAAUUUGUGAAGUAUUAUAAACAACUGCAGAAAGAAUAUAUCAGCGAUGAUCAUGACAGAAGUAUCUCUGUUACUGCACUCUCAGUUCAGAUGUUUACUGUUCCUACUCUGGCUCGACAUCUUAUUGAAGAGCAGAAUGUUAUCUCUGUCAUUACUGAAACUCUGCUAGAAGUGUUGCCUGAGUACUUGGACAGGAACAAUAAGUUCAACUUCCAGGGGUAUAGCCAGGACAAAUUGGGAAGAGUCUACGCAGUAAUAUGUGAUCUAAAGUAUAUCCUGAUCAGCAAGCCCAUGGUAUGGACAGAAAGAUUAAGAAUGCAGUUCCUUGAAGGUUUUCGAUCUUUUUUGAAGAUUCUUACCUGUAUGCAGGGAAUGGAAGAAAUCAGAAGACAGGUUGGGCAACACAUUGAAGUGGAUCCUGACUGGGAGGCUGCCAUUGCUAUACAAAUGCAGUUGAAGAAUAUUUUACUUAUGUUCCAAGAGUGGUGUGCUUGUGAUGAAGAACUCUUACUAGUGGCUUAUAAAGAGUGUCAUAAAGCUGUGAUGAGGUGCAGUACAAGUUUCAUAUCUAGUAGCAAGACAGUAGUACAAUUGUGUGGUCAUACCUUGGAAACUAAGUCCUACAGGGUUUCUGAAGACCUUGUAAGCAUACAUCUGCCACUUUCUAGGACUCUUGCUGGUCUUCAUGUGCGUUUAAGCAGAUUGGGUGCAGUUUCAAGACUGCAUGAAUUUGUGCCUUUUGAGGACUUUCAAGUAGAGAUACUCAUGGAAUACCCCCUGCGCUGUCUGGUAUUGGUUGCCCAGGUUGUUGCUGAAAUGUGGCGAAGAAAUGGACUUUCUCUCAUCAGCCAGGUGUUUUAUUACCAAGAUGUUAAGUGCAGAGAAGAAAUGUAUGAUAAAGAUAUAAUCAUGCUUCAGAUUGGUGCAUCUUUAAUGGAUCCCAAUAAGUUCUUGUUGUUGGUACUUCAGAGGUAUGAACUUGCUGAUGCUUUUAGUAAGACCAUCACUACAAAAGACCAGGAUUUGAUUAAGCAGUAUAAUACAUUAAUAGAAGAAAUGCUUCAAGUCCUCAUCUAUAUUGUGGGAGAGCGUUACGUACCUGGAGUGGGAAAUGUGACCAAAGAGGAGGUCAUAAUGAGAGAAAUUAUUCACUUGCUUUGCAUUGAACCAAUGCCACACAGUGCCAUUGCCAAAAAUUUACCUGAGAAUGAAAAUAAUGAAACUGGCUUAGAGAAUGUUAUAAACAAAGUUGCCACAUUCAAGAAGCCAGGUGUCUCAGGUCAUGGAGUUUAUGAACUGAAAGAAGAAUCAUUGAAAGACUUCAAUAUGUACUUUUAUCAUUACUCCAAAACACAGCAUAGCAAGGCUGAGCAUAUGCAGAAGAAAAGGAGAAAACAAGAAAACAAAGAUGAAGCAUUACCACCACCACCACCUCCUGAAUUCUGCCCUGCUUUCAGCAAAGUGAUUAAUCUUCUCAAUUGUGAUAUCAUGAUGUACAUUCUCAGGACCAUAUUUGAGCGGGCGAUAGACACAGACUCUAACUUGUGGACUGAAGGGAUGCUCCAGAUGGCAUUUCAUAUUCUUGCAUUAGGCUUACUAGAAGAGAAGCAACAGCUUCAAAAAGCUCCUGAAGAAGAAGUGACAUUUGACUUUUACCAUAAGGCUUCAAGAUUGGGAAGUUCAGCCAUGAAUGCUCAGAAUAUACAAAUGCUUUUGGAAAAACUCAAAGGAAUCCCCCAGUUAGAGGGCCAAAAGGACAUGAUAACAUGGAUACUUCAGAUGUUUGACACAGUAAAGCGAUUAAGAGAAAAAUCUUGUUUAAUUGUAGCAACUACAUCAGGAUCAGACUCUAUCAGGAAUGAUGAGAUUACACAUGAUAAAGAAAAAGCAGAACGAAAAAGGAAAGCUGAAGCUGCUAGACUUCAUCGCCAGAAGAUCAUGGCUCAGAUGUCUGCCUUACAGAAAAACUUCAUUGAAACUCACAAACUCAUGUAUGACAAUACAUCCGAAAUGUCUGGCAAAGAAGAUUCCAUUAUGGAGGAAGAGAGCACCCCAGCAGUCAGUGACUACUCUAGAAUUGCUUUGGGUCCUAAACGGGGUCCAUCUGUUACUGAAAAGGAGGUACUGACGUGCAUCCUCUGCCAAGAAGAACAAGAGGUGAAAAUAGAAAACAAUGCCAUGGUAUUAUCGGCCUGUGUCCAGAAAUCCACCGCCUUAACACAGCACAGGGGGAAACCCAUAGAACUCUCAGGGGAAACCCUGGACCCACUUUUUAUGGAUCCGGACUUGGCAUACGGAACUUACACAGGAAGCUGUGGCCAUGUAAUGCAUGCAGUGUGCUGGCAAAAAUAUUUUGAAGCUGUACAGUUGAGCUCUCAGCAGCGCAUUCAUGUAGACCUUUUUGACUUGGAAAGUGGAGAAUAUCUUUGCCCUCUUUGCAAGUCUCUGUGCAAUACUGUGAUCCCUAUUAUUCCUCUGCAACCUCAAAAGAUAAACAGUGAAAAGGCUGAAGCUCUUGCUCAACUUUUGACCCUGGCACGAUGGAUACAGACCGUUCUGGCCAGAAUAACAGGUUAUAAUAUGAAGCCUGCUAAAGGAGAAAACCAAACAGUUCCAGUCUUGUUUAAUCAAGGAAUGGGUGAUUCAUCUCUUGAAUUCCAGUCUAUCCUGAAUUUUGGAAUUCAGUCUUCGAUAAAAUAUUCUAAAAGCAUCAAGGAAAUGGUUGUCCUCUUUGCCACAACAAUUUAUAGAAUUGGACUAAAAGUGCCUCCUGAUGAAAUGGAUCCUCGAGUCCCCAUGAUGACCUGGAGCACAUGUGCUUUCACUAUCCAGGCAAUUGAAAACCUCUUGGGAGACGAAGGAAAACCUCUGUUUGGAGCACUUCAAAAUAGACAGCACAAUGGUCUGAAAGCAUUAAUACAGUUUGCAGUUGCGCAGAGGAUUACCUGUCCUCAGGCCCUGAUACAGAAACAUCUGAUCCGUCUCCUGUCAGUUGUUCUUCCCAAUCUAAAAUCAGAAGAUACACCUUGCCUUCUUUCUGUAGAUCUGUUUCAUGUAUUGGUAGGUGCUGUGUUAGCAUUUCCAUCCUUGUAUUGGGAGAAUAAUGUUGAGUUGCAGGCCUCACCAGAGAGUUCUUCCUAUAACCAUCUUUAUCUCUUCCAUCUGAUCACCAUGGCACACAUACUUCAGAUACUUCUUACCAUAGAUACAGGGCUCCCUCUUGCUCAGGUUCAAGAAGAAAGUGAAGAGGCUCGUUCUGCAUCUUCUUUCUUGGCAGAAGUUUCUCAGUAUACAAGUGGGUGCAUUGGGUGUAGUAUUCCUGGAUGGUAUUUAUGGGUCUCCUUGAAGAAUGGCAUCAUCCCUUACCUUCGCUGUGCUGCAUUGUUUUUCCACUAUUUAUUGGGAGUAACUCCACCUGAAGAACUGUUUACCAAUUCUACAGAAGGAGAGUACAAUGCACUCUGUAGCUAUCUUUCUUUACCCACAAAUUUGUUCCUGCUUUUCCAGGAGUAUUGGGACACUGUAAGGCCUCUUCUCCAAAGGUGGUGUGCAGACCCUGCCUUACUAAACUGUUUGAAGCAAAAAAGCACCAUAGUCAGAUACCCUAGAAAAAGAAAUAGUUUGAUAGAGCUUCCUGAUGACUACAGUUGUCUCUUAAAUCAAGCAUCUCAUUUCAGGUGUCCACGUUCUGCAGAUGAUGAGCGAAAGCACCCUGUCCUCUGUCUUUUCUGUGGCACCAUACUGUGUUCUCAGAACAUUUGCUGCCAAGAAGUUGUGAAUGGGGAAGAGGUUGGAGCAUGUAUUUUUCAUGCACUUCACUGUGGAGCUGGAGUCUGCAUUUUCCUAAAAAUCAGAGAAUGCAGAGUUGUCCUGGUUGAAGGGAAAGCCAGAGGCUGUGCCUAUCCUGCUCCUUACUUGGAUGAAUAUGGAGAAACAGACCCUGGGCUGAAGAGGGGCAACCCCCUUCAUCUAUCUCACGAGCGGUAUCGCAAGCUCCAUUUGGUAUGGCAACAACACUGCAUUAUAGAAGAGAUUGCUAGGAGCCAGGAAACUAAUCAAAUGUUAUUUGGAUUCAACUGGCAGUUACUAUGAGCUCCAACUCUGCCUUGGCACAAUAACGAAUGACAACAGUAACGGAGACCAAUUCAAAAUUACGAACACCUUUCUGAAGGCUGGGGAAGGGUUGGAGGGUCUCUUGCUCCAUGUCCAGAUUCACAUACAUCAAUAAAAUAUUCCUUAAUGGAGUAUUGCUUUCAGUUAGCGAACAUAUGCUUUGAGGGAAAAAAAUAAGGACAUAGAUGAAUCUGUUUUAUGUUUCAGAACACUAAAGAGAUGUUUAUUUAUCCCAAAUAUCUGAAUCUGCCGAUAUUUCCAGACUACUCAUUUCCUUUCAUAAUCUGUCCCAUUUCAUUUCAUUUUACCCACCUAGUAAAUGAAAUCACAUUGAGCAGUUGUGGGCACUUUUAUGUUUUGGUUAGCUCUUCAGUAAUUAUGAAUUUGUUGUUAUUCAAGUUUAGUUUAGCUAAUAUUGGAUCACUGAUGAGAUUCUAGUAAUUCUAGUAAUCUGUGAUAAUAGAUUUUUCCUUGCAGCUAAAGAGGAACUGAAAAAAAAAAAGUGCGCUUUAAGAAAAAUUUCUCUACAAGUACAUUUUGUUAUUUCUCUUAAGAAAUAACGCUAAUGUGUCACUUGUUGCUUCAGCCAGAAAUCCAACUAAGUAUAUGGACAGAGUUGAUAUUUUUACCAGUGUGCAAGAGCUUUUUUCCCCACUGUAGAACCCAAAAGGAGUUCACAUAACGUAUUCGUUAUUCAUUGCUGUUGGGACAAAGAGCCUGUAAUUCUCACCUCUAACCACAAAUGUUGUGUUUUGAAAUUACACAUUUUCCAAAGACAAGUUUCUAAAAUGAGAUCACUUGUCUCUUAAUUGUGACACUAUCCUAUUUGACUCAGAACCUGAUGCAGUUCUGAUAUAAACUAUCUGUGGAAUGAGGACAAGAAAAUUCCUCCAAUGAUGGAGCAUGACAAAUGUAAAUUAUACAAAUCCAAUUUAAGCCACUUCCAUAACCUAUGUCUUUGUAAAAGACAAAUUCUUCAUUUGUUAUCUGUGUAUAACCUCUUCAUAAACUCUGGUUUUCUGUCUAAUACAGACAACCAAAAAAGCCAUGUGAUCAGUAGUCUGUGUCCUGUUACAAUAUGCUGUGGUUGAGCCAUCUUGUUCAUAAAUAAUAGAGCUCUCCCGGAUCAGUGCAUAGACUUCUUGGUUUUUGGCUUUAACUUUUUAUAUCAGGAAUUGUGAUAAAAACAUCAGACAGAAGAUAAAUUGAAAUCUUCCAUCCUAGUUUCUGUUGUCUCUGGAGUAAUGUGAGGAAUUUGAGAAAUGCAUUCAAAGAUUAUCUUACGCGUUUGGUGACUACUGUCUCAUAUAAAAAGUGUGAAUGUUUUCCUACUUUUUUGCUCAUCAAAGACAAAGAAGUAAAAAUAUACUUGCAGAGUAAUCAGUGAUGCACAUUUGGGGUUAUAUUUUUUGUAUUUUUCUGUAAAAUAAAGAAAAGGCAGAUUUUGCAGUAAGGGCGUGGCAUGAAUAGGCUUCAGAAUCACAAUCAUGAAUUUCUACUUGAAUAAUUAUUAUUCAGGAGGUAUCAGGAAAUAGAUACAACUCCAGUGAACAUUUGUAACAAUUGAUGAAGAUCUGAAAAGUCAGUUCAGUUUGUCUUGAUUUGCUAGUAUGAUUAAAUGAUUUGAACAUUUUUCUUUGUUUCUUAGAUAAUUUUGUUGGAUAGAUUGUCUGACAGGGAAGUCAGAGCCAUAGGCAACAGAAGAUGCUGACUUCUGCCCUAAUUGGUUGGCUCUAGUUUAGCAAAGAUGAACUAACUUUAUUUCUAGUCUUUUUAUAUUCACUUCAUAAACCCUGGGGUUUAACUAAGCUCUCAAGCUGCCAGAGGGACUAUCCUGCAAUGGCCAGUCAGACCUUUACUGCCAAAGAAACCCUUUCAUAUUGAGUUCCACUUAGUACGAUUGAUUCAGAUCUCUGCCUGUAGAUGAACAUAUGUCUCAGUGCUCCCCCAGCCCAAGGGCUUUCUAAUCACAUUCAAAUAUCCUAGUGAUUUGCUUUCAUCAUUGUAAGCAAUUUAAUUAUGCAUAUGAAGUUUACUUACAAAUGAGCAAAAAGUCACUUUAUUUUCUUUAGUGUAUUAUGUGGAGGACUGGUUCAACAGGAUGGCUCCAAAACUUGUGUUUCUAAUGUUAAGUGAGGGGCUGGCAAGAAUUUUAAUGAUACAGUAAAGAAAAAUAUCUCUGUAAUUAAUUUAUUAUGUUGAUGUAUGGGCUGUAAGUUCACCCUUUAGUGGUCGUUUGUCAUUUCAUAACAACUAUGCAUUUGGUUCACUGUGAUGAUGAUCUCUAUUUAGUGACUGCAACAUGUUUAUACCACUGAUUCAAAUUCCAUCCAUGAUGAAGUUAUACAAAUAAUGCAUAUAUUGAUAUCUUUUAUUGCAAAAUGUAAAUUUAAAACUUGUAUAUGUCCUUGUGCUUUUUGAAAUAAAAUAUCUUAUAUGUGUAUAUUUAAAAAGAAAAAGGGGACUUCUCAUGUUUGUGGAUUUGGGUUUGAAGUAUAAAAAUCUAUACCUAAAAAGGAGCGCUAAUUAAAGGUGAUCCUUUUCAAUCUCCAGGCAAAUUCUUGAAAAGAUAAAAGUAUUUAGUGUAAUGGUGUCCAAACUUGUUGUCCAUACAACCCAUCAGUAAAUAAUUUUUAAACAUACUUCCACCAUAUGUGUAUGUGUCCCUUCGGUAUGCAUCCCCGUGUGGGAAUAACUAUCUAGAGCAUCACUGUCCAGAAAAACACUGAAAUGAUGGAAUGUUCAGUAUUGUAGUCACUAAUCCCAUGUGCUAUUGAACAUUUGAAAUGUUGCUCAUUCA